AUGCAGGAAAGGCUCGAGAGAAAACCGACGGUAUUGCCAUCGGAAAGAGCUGCAUAUGCAAAUAAGCUGGAAUUAGAAGAAGAACUGCUAUUGGACUUAACAAUGAACCUUGACUCGUUCACGAUCUGUGAAAUAAAAAAAGAAUUCGAUAAAAAAAGCGGCGCAUUAGAUUUGGAAGAUUUUGUAAACAGCUUGAGGUUUUAUUUUGACCAAUGGAAGCCAAACUUAGAAAACCGAGAUAAAAUCAUGCUAAAACUAAUUAUUCAGCUAUUCAAAGACAUUGAUAUUAAUAAAAAUGGGAUAGUUGAAUGAGAAGAGUUCACGAAUUAUAUCAUUGAAAAAGCUACAGCUCUGAAUGCGAUGAAAAAGACCCGAACUGAUGUCAUUAAAAAUUACUCACUCAGUCCUGUUUUAAUUGCUUGUCCUAAUAGCAUGACUGUUGAAAGGCUUGUGCUGAUGGAGACACUUGAUAGAAUUGGGGUGAUUGAGGACUAUACACAUAUCGUCAAAUUUUAUAAUCCAGAAACGGGAAAAACUAUGGGAAAAGAGCUACAAGUACAAAAUGAGGAAUUUCAACAAAUCAAUAUACAUCAAGCUUCAUAUCUAUACAAAGGCCCAAGAAGGGUAUGGUCAAACCUGGCUGGGUCUACCUGACUAUCUGGCACUACCUGGCGGUCUGGCUCUACUGGCUUUACCUGGCAGUCUGGCAGCCUUGCUCUAUGUAGCUCUAAUGACUCUACCUGACAGUCUAGCUCUACUUGGUUCUACCUGACUCUGCUGGGUCUACCUGGUAGUCUCACCCUACCUGGCUUCAUUGCUCUACAAAAAUAUAUUACCUAGGUUUUGAAAAGUCAGUAGAACCAGACUGCUAGACUGCAAGACUGUUAGGUAGAGCCAGCUAGAGUCAAGAGCCGGAUUGCUAGGUAGAGCUAGACUCAAGGUAGAGUCGUAGAGUCAUGUAGACCCAGCCAGGUUUGACCGAGGGUAAUAGUAAAUAAUGCUGCAUUUUUACCUGAGCCUGAGUAUCAAUAUUUAGUAACCUUAUGCAAUGAUGGGACUAUUAGAUCUUGAGGCACAAAUGGGUCUCACUUUCACUCAAUGAACCACAAGGGUGGAUACCCAAUACUUUACUGUAAAGAGCCUCAGAGAGCAGUAGCAUGAAAUUACCUGAACAGGAUUUUAUAUACAGGAGACAGUGAAGGAGACAUCAAGAUCUGGAACUAUGAAGACCGAGAGUCAAAUUUUCCAGCCCAAGUCUUAAGUGAAGGCCACGAAGACCUGGUGACUGACAUUUUUGCGAUUCCAAAAUUUGAGUUUUUAUUUUCCUGCUCGCUAGACCGUAAAGUAAUUUUAUGAGAUACUAUAUCUAAUAAACCACGCAGAGUCUAUAGCAGCCAUACUCAAGGAGUCCUUUCUCUUGCCUUUAAUUCUGAGUACCGGCUUCUUUUCUCUUCUGGGUUUGAUCAUGAUAUUUAUGUAUGAAACCCGUAUAUUGACUCAGCAGCAUUUACUAUUGAAGGCCACAGUGCAUCAUUGGUAGGGGUUAAAGUACUCCCAAACAGUCCUCAAAUAAUUUCUGCUGACAUUGACGGAUAUGUAAAAGUAUGAGACAUAAGAAACUUAAGCUGCGUGCAGACAUUUAAUAUUGAAGAAAAACGAUCUGGAGAAAGGUUUUCAUUGAAUGAUUUUUUGUAUAUUCCCAAGCUGCAAAGGCUGAUAUUCGGAGGCAAGUCUUUGGUUUUUUAUGAUUAUGAUAAGAACUGUAGCCCUCACCUGGUUGACGAUAACAUCCCAUUAGGCUGCUAUUACACCCCAAAUUCACAAAAAAUGGUUACACCAAUUGUAAACAAAGUCAAACUGUGGAAUGCACUGACAGGGAAAUAUGAAAAUUUUUAUGCACCCUCUGCAGAUGGAGACAUCUCCUGUGCAGAAAUGGAUUAUUUAGCAAAGAGAAUCAUUUUAGGGAACCAGAAAGGUCAUGUCAGAGUGUAUAAUAUAAAGAAUGGGGCUUUGAUGAAGUCAUUAACUGACCAUAAAGCAGAAAUAAAUUGCAUUAGCUCGUCAACACAGCUUAAUUUAAUUGUAACGUCAAGCUUAGAUAUGGUCAUAAUGGUCCAUGACGACAAUGUACUUUCAGACUCACAUCUUCUUUAUUACGUAGAUGAAGUCUGAAGCAUUGCUCACUCACUAAAACUUGUGUAUUUCCUUGACAUGCUAGUAAUUGGUGCAGGUGAUGGCUCAGUUAAAUUCUGAGAUCUAGAAGCAGGUGAGCUUUCUGACCAUGAGUUUUCCCAUAAUAGAGAGAUUUCUGCUAUUCAGGUGGUCGAGCUUUAUCCCUUACUCCGACCUUUAAAUAGGAACAAAAAAAAAAUCUGUUUCAAUUUAAAAGGGGUUAAUUUUUGUUUUUUUAAAAAUUAAAUUUAUAUUUUUUCUCUAUAAUAUUUUUUUUUAAAAAUUCAAAAUAUAAAAUAGGCACAACACUUAAAAUUUAAUUUAUUUUAGAAAGAAAUAAUUAAAAAAUAAUCAGUUCAGUGUGAAAUCCUUUAAAUAGCAUUCUACUUUUAAUUUUCCAUUAAAUAUGGUCAAAACUAAUUUUAGAAAAAUUAGUAAAUUGAUCAGUAUUCUCGACGAAAAUUUUCCUAUUGAAAAUUUUUUUCCAUUUUAAAGGGGUUGAAGUACCCAAAAAAAUGAAAUUUUACCAAUGUUUAUGUUUAUGUUCCAAUUUAAACGGGGAGCUAGGUUUUCUCUUGUGAUGUGAGUGGAGAAGUAAAGCUUUGGUCACUUCCACCCUCCCCUUAUAAAUGGUGUAAUAUUUACAAGUUUUUAAAUUUAGACCAAGAAGGGGUGAAUUCAUAUGUACAGUCAACAGAAUAUGACAAUAAAAGGCAUAUUUUAUUUAUAGGCGAUGAAAAAGGAUGCCUUAAAGCCUUUUCAUUCGAAAAAUUAAUAAGCGUUCUUGAGAUUGCUCCUAUUUCUUCAGAUGGAAGAGAAAACAAGCUAAAAUGCUUACGCAAUCAGCUUGGAAAAGAUUUGCCUGAUCUCCCAAAGAAUUUAGUUUAUCAAAUAUCUUCUAUGAAACUGCAUUCAGAGUCGAUCCGCCAUUUGCACUUUAUGACUGAAAACUCUACACUGAUAACAACAAGCUACGAUAAAAAUGUGAAAUUAGUGUCCACAGAGGCUUGGGAGGUCAUUGGAGCUCUUCAGCAAGGCUUAAAUAUGAGACCCUAUGCCAAAACUGAGUUUGAAAGCCAAAUUCCAUGACGGUUUUAUUUGAAUACAAGUGCGAUUGAUGCCCAAAUUGACUCUGAAAUUAAUAAGCUCAGCCAGAACAUGGAAAAGCAGAAUUUAAACCCAAAGCCACAUGAUGAGAGGUCAAUGCUAAUUGAAGGUCGAGGCUUUAUGGAGCCGCAAACAUUAAUGAAUUUAAUUAAGGUAAAAAGGCCUAAUAAAUUCAGCAGAAUUCCGACUUUAAAAAGCACCCUAUUUCAAACGAAAAUAAAAAUAAACCCGCAAAAGCUGUCAAGGAACCAUUCUUUGAUGCUUGUAAAUGCUAAAGCAAUCAAAGAUAAGAAAUUGAGUGAAUUGAACAGGUCAAUGAUAGACAAAAAGAUCAGACCUCCUGAAAAAGAAUCAAAAUAUAAAAUUUUAAAUAAGUCAUUUGUUCAGCCAAGCAAAUUGCAAACAUUGCCUUCUCUUUCAAAUAUUUAUAAAAAUGACAAUUAUAAAAGCAGCCUUAUACUGCAAAAAAGAUUAAGCAAAAGUGUAUUCAAGACAGCAUCUAAGCUUGCUGAAGCAUUGUCGGAGCCUUACUUUUAA